CACUGGAAAUCGAGGACACUUUCCGUGUUUUUCCCAACCAAUGACUUAUUAUUCAAUUCUUUUCCUUUUACUUGAAGAAUAUUCAACGUUCAAUUCCUUAAUUUGAUUUGUUACCAAUCAUAUAUGUCACAGGAAAACGAUGGCCACCUGCUCCGCCGUUCAUGGUGGCUGCCCCUCCGAUUAUGUUGCUGUUUCCAUAGCCAUAUUCUCCAUGAUUCUACUUUUUGUGAGGUCAAGCUUUCCGUUUUUGAUACACAAUGUUCCGAGUGCAAAAGGCAGUGCCUUUUGGAUUCCAGUCAUUCAAGUUAUUGCCAGCUUCAACUUUCUGAUAGGAAUUGUGAUGGCUGGUAAUUUUCUCAAGUACAAAAAGAACCAUUGGUGGCUGUCUUGCUAUGUUUGGGCAGUAUGGGUUGAAGGUCCACUCGGAUUUGGUUUGUUGAUUAGCUGCCGCAUAGCACAGGCCUUUCACCUAUACUAUGCUUUUGUUAAGAGGCGUUUACCACCGAUUCGAUCUCACUUUUUUCUUCCACUAAUUGUCUUGCCGUGGAUCGCCAGCGCUGCGAUUGUUCACAUGAUGAAGCCUCUCAAUUACAGGUGCCACUUGGGAACUUACUGGAUAAUCGCUGCAAUAUGUCUCCACACAUUGUAUAUCGCUGUUUUGGUCAUUUUCACGGGGGCGAUUCGGCACAUAGAAUUUAGGUUUGAUGAGCUCAAAGACCUGUGGCGGGGAAUACUUGUUUCGGCCUCACUUAUUGGACUCUGGAUUUCCGCAUACAUCUUGAAUGAAGUUCACGAAGAUAUCUCAUGGCUUCAAGUCACCUCCCGAUUUCUCCUUUUGUCUACGGCAAGCAUUCUCGUACUGGUUUUCUUUUCCAUGUCGAUCUCUCAGCCUUUGCUCACACAAAUCAGCUUCAUAAAAAAAGGACCUUUAAAAUUCAAAACAAUGUGUCAAGCUCUGGGAAUACCGGAUAGCGGAUUGCUAUUGCAUAGAGAACAAGCUGUUGCCAUCGAUCCCAACGAACCAUUGGAUAAGCUUCUUACAGACAAAAAGUUCCGUCAGUCUUUUAUGGCAUUUGCAGACAGUUGUUUGGCCGGGGAAAGCGUACAUUUCUUUGAAGAGGUGCAUGAACUUGGCAAAAUUCCAACAGAUGACCCUGUAAGAAGGAUUUACAUGGCACGACAUAUCAUUAAUAAAUACAUAAUUGCAGGUGCAGUAAUGGAAGUUAACAUAUCUCAUAGAAGCCGGCAAGCGAUCUUGAACACCACUGACCUAACACAUCCCGAUCUCUUUACCGAUGCACGAAACGAACUAAUACAGUUGAUGAAAACGAACUUGGCAAAAGAUUACUGGUCAUCCAUGUACUUCAUCAAACUCAAGGAUGAAACCAGUGUAAGAUCCAACGGCCAUGAAAUGGAACAGAUGAGCUUCUCACCCAGGUUGAGUUGUGUUCAUGCUAUUGAUGAUCCCUUUCACCAUGACCACUUUUCGUGUGGCUCAAGCCAAGAUGCACAUGAUCCAUACCCAUAAUAGAUGUAGGAUUUGUAAAUUAUCAAUCACUUUAAAUGUAAAUUUAUAAUAUUUUGC